CAACGCAAUAUAGAGGCUCAACAAUUGAAGUGCUAUUCAUUUUCAUGGCGUCCACCAUUAACAACUCUCUUCACUUUCCUCUCUACAAAUAUUACUAUCCCAAUUCCAUAAACCCUUAUCCCCAAUUUACCCUUGUUCAUUUCAACCUCCGCCCCAUUUCUAGUUUUCACCUUCAAGUUUCAAGACGCACUUCCAAUUUUCCUCAGGGAGGUGAUGAUUUGGUUGGUGAAUAUCGAAAUUGGAGGAGUGAUCGAGGCAGCAUAGUGAGUGGAGAGGAUGAAGAUGAAGAUGAUGAAGAGGAAGAAGAGGAAGAUCGAAGUUUAGAUCUCCUGGUUAAAUUUGUACAGAACGUUUUUAAGAAGCUUUCUCGAAAAGCUAGGAAAGCUGUUCGUUCUGUUUUGCCUCUUUCCAUUUCCAGUCAAUUGGUGGCAUUUUCUGUUAACGGAGUUAUAAUAUUGACAUUUUUGUGGCUAUCAAAGGCAGUACUUGAGGUAUUUUGCACCCUUGGGAGUGUAGUUUUUGCUAGUAUCUUGCUUAUUCGAGGAGUAUGGACAGGCGUAUCAUACUUACAAAAUAAUCGCAACCUUAGGACAGAUGAUGAUGAUCGUGGUGCAUGGAGUGGGAUGCAACCUGCAAGUUAACUGACUGUAAAGUAAAAACUUCAAAUGAGAUUCCAGAGUAUUAUUCCUGUCAGACUCGGAAGUAGCUCAUGCAGAUGACACGUUGAGGAACUGCAAUGUCCAGUGAUGGCUGAUCUGAUUCUAUUCAGAAACAAAUAGAACAGAAGAUUUCCCAACUCAAUAAUUGGCUCAAGGCCGUUAACCAUCUUCCCCACAAGACAAAAGCUGGACCUUUUUUGCCGUUUUAGGUCUGUGGAUGCGAAUGUCAAAUUAACUUAAUAAAAUGUAAACCGUCCAAUUCAUCCAACUUAUAUUUUAGGAAUAUCUGUACACUAUCAAUACGGAGGCUACUAGCACCAGAGACAAGGUGCGUUUUAUUUACUUGGUAUUACAUGAAAAGGCCCCAUAUUUAUUCUGCU